AUGUCCUCGGCCGUCGGAAUGCCUUGGCGCCUCUACGGCUCACUCGGAGCUCCCCUUCGACAGAACGGGUGCCACCCGCCUGACGAAAGAAUUGCUCUACGAGAAGGCGUGACGAAACAUAUGAUACCCACUGUUCGACUGCGCUCGAGGUUGCAAGUUUGGUCCCUUGUUGGCUCGUACAGUUCAGAAGCCGAAGUUUUGGUUUGUUCAAGCAGUUACAGAACGGUAAAGGAGGUGCGCUUGGCGCUGAAACUCGGCCUGUCGGCAGCGAUCGCCAUGCAACAUGAUUGGAACCGACUGUAA